AAUGUAGUUGUUGUUUAUGUAUCUUUGCUCGUAAGUCGUCUCUGAGACAGGUGUCCGUGUACUUGUGUCCUUGAUAGGUAUUGCCUUGUUUGUAUAUUUUAUGAAUCUUCGUCGAAUGGCAGCUUAACGUGCUUACAACCCUUUGGGCGAAGUCUACAGAUUUCUUUAGUGAUAAUGGCUUUAGUUAGGUAACCAAUAUAAUAUCUUACUUACUGAGUGUAAAUAAGCAGUGAGCAGAUACUACUUAAACAGUUUUUAUUCCUGUGGAAACUGAAACCAGUAGAAAAAAACUAUAGGGUAACAACAUGAAGCGGGGGUGGCUUGUGGCAGUGCUGUGCUGCAGUUUAUUGCCACUCGGUGCACAUGCAGCAUCUGCAGCCUUUCCCAACUUCCCGACCAUAGACGAUCCCAGAGUUGUAUUUGGCAGUAGUUUCAAGCUGGUCGACGACGAUAUCGCCGAUGAUGAGCCUGCUGCGCCACUCCAGAUCACCCACCUGCGCGUGCGCUCCGAGAUCGCUCUGCGCUACGCGCGCACGGCCGUCGUAUCCAACGUGUACAAUCCCAGCAAGCGGCCACAGGAAGCCAUUUUCCAUGUUUUGCUGCCGGAGACCGCCUUCAUCAGUGGAUUUACUAUGACUCUAGGUAAGGAAACCUACGAAGCUUAUGUAAAAGAAAAAGAAGAAGCUAAACAAAUAUAUGACGAUGCGGUUGCACAGGGAGUUUCUGCUGCUCACGUCGCUACCAAAGCUCGUGAUUCCAAUCACUUCACAAUAAAAUUCAACUUGGAAGGCAGGAGUAAUGCGACGUACCGCUUAACGUACGAAGAGUUGUUGGUCCGUCGGAACGGCGUGUACAACCAUGCUAUCAACCUGCUCCCUGGCGCGCUCGUGCCCAAAAUGGACGUCGUUGUACACAUCAAGGAGUCUCAGAAGAUCUCGGUGCUGCGCGUGCCAGAGUUGAGAACUGGGAACGAGAUCGAUGCGACAGAGAAUGACGCACAAAACACUAAAUCUGUUAUUCAAAGAGGCAGAAGCGGUCGGGAAGCUACGAUUACUUUCACCCCCGAUCUGGCGGAACAGAGAAGACUUGCUGAAAUUUAUGCGGAAAAAAUUCAAAAAACAAGUGAUCCAGAUUCCUCAAAUAUUGGCUAUGAUAGUGCGGAGGAAGAAAAUGACAAAGAGGGUUUAUUAGGUCAGUUUGUGGUUCAGUAUGACGUGGAUCAACCAAAGAAUGGAGAAAUCUUGGUGAAUGACGGCUACUUUGUACAUUUCUUCUCUCCAAGUUGUUUGCCGCCGUUGAGCAAGCAUGUGGUAUUUGUGCUGGAUACGUCCGGCUCCAUGGAGGGGACUAAGAUAGAGCAGCUGCGGAAAGCUAUGGACGCCAUUCUCUCCGACCUCAACCCAACCGACUACUUCAGCAUCAUCGAAUUUAACACUAAUAUUAUAGUUCACGACUUGAACGAGAUCCAGCCGUUGCCACUAAAUCAUUACCCUCCUUCCCCUGUCAAUUUAGUGCCACCCGCAAUAGCGUCACCGGAAAACAUAGCUUCAGCCAAGAGAGUUGUAUCAGAACUUACUGCUUAUGGAGCUACUAAUAUCUACGGAGCCCUCGAUGUUGCUAUAAAUAUCAUACAAAACUGGACUCAUGCUGAAACUCAAACAGAUGCAGCGAAUGUGUCUUUGGUAAAGUGUGAUAACGGAACAGAUCAAAAUAAAAAUGUGUUAGAGCCUAUAAUUAUAUUUUUAACGGACGGCCAGCCUAACGUGGGUGAAGUUAAUACUGAUCGCAUCAUUACGCACAUGUCAGAGAAAAACAGCGGUGUGAAGCGGGCGCCAUUGUACUCACUCGCCUUUGGCGACGACGCGGACCGCGCGUUCCUGCGCAAGUUGUCGCUGCGCAACGAGGGCUUCAUGCGGCACAUCUAUGAGGCCGCGGACGCGGCGCUGCAGCUGCACCACUUCUACCGACAGGUGUCCUCGCCGCUCCUCGCUGACGUCAAGUUCCUCUACCCUCGCAGACAGAUUAAAGAAGGUUCGAUCAGCAGAAGCGAGUUUCGUACGAUCAACGACGGCUCGGAAGUGGCAGUAGUAGGAAGGAUUGCAGAAGACAUCAAUGAAAUCACGCCGCAAGUGCGCGGAUUACGGGGCGAUGGAGAUGGUCGUGGUCGGAAACUUUACGAGUUAAAUCCUAAAGUGCCUGUGACAAGAGGCAAAGAUGAAUACUUGCCCUUAGAGCGGCUUUGGGCAUAUCUUACUAUUAAACAACUGCUUGACAAAAGCGACGCCAACGAUGUAAGCCAUAGUGGGUCAGAAGAUGAUAGUUCAGAGGAAAGCCCCAAGAAGAAAGCUCUGAACAUUGCUCUAAAGUACUCGUUCGUGACGCCUCUGACGUCGCUCGUGGUAGUCAGGCUGAACAAAACUGAUGUCGUGGAACCUGUGGACGCAGAAACAGUUGACGAUCCAAAUUUUUUACCGUACAGAGUCGGAAGUGCGGCGCCAUUGACUUCCCUAAAGACACCAACCUACACAGGCAUAAGUACUGGGGAAAGAUUAAGCGUGGAAUCAGACACAGGACCUAUCCUGUUUGCUUUAUCAACUAAACGCUUCAACACCGGUGCCCAUGCCAGCGCUUAUGGUAGCUUUCAUAGCAACAGUCAAAGCGGCUAUGGCGCGGUCAGUUAUGGUAGCGCGCACAGCAGCGCAAAUGGCUAUAAAAGUCACGGCAGCAGCCAUGGCAACAGCAAUAAAUAUAACAACGGUGUUCCAAGCCGCCCUUUUCCUCCGCAUAGUACUACUACCACUACUCCAUCGGCCCUGGCAGCAAUGUAUCACCUAGAAGGAUAUGAAUGGACACUAAAUUACAUCAAUAAUACCGAAGAGGCCCUCAUGAUUAGAGAUACUUUUGGGAAAGUCGUCCAACUUUUGAAGCUUUCCAGAGAUGUCAAUCCACCUCAAGGCGACUAUGAAUGCUGGCCGGGGGAACCUGCCGACUCGAACAGGGCGGGACUUCGGUGCGUGUACCUUACGCGCUGCGCUGCCGCCCGCAACUUCACCUUUUACGAUUACCUAUAUAGAUACUGCUUCGUUGGUGACAGGUAUGCUGGUGUUUGUUGUCCAGCUAAUGAAAUCAACUAAAAGGCUUCCAAAUAACUGCCUACUGCAGUGAGAUACCUGUAUACAUUACACCUCUAGCUAAAAAAUCUCACGUACCUUCUACCUACUACUAUUACUACCAACUACAUACCUACUGCUACAGUUUGAAGGCAGAUACCUAGCAGCUGAUAUAGCUGCUUAACGAUAAAUAAAUAUCUUUAUUGUUAAUUAAGUAUAAAGUAAAUUAUA